UGGUUGGCGAGAGAGGAAGAAGGAAGAAAGAAAAUCCGCAUCAUCGAAUUGGAAGUCAGCAGAGGAGAGGAGAGGCGAAGGCGCGCGGGAGGAGGACUACCACCACCCCUCCCUCCCUCCCUCCCCCCUCCAUUUCUUUAGACACAAUUCCAAUAUUGCCCUUCACCUUUCCCUUUCUCUCAGAAUUCUUCUCUGCCAGGGUUUAAUUCAAUGGAGCCUCGCAUUGCCAACAAGUUCCGUCUUGGCCGCAAGCUCGGUAGCGGAUCAUUCGGGGAGAUCUAUCUCGGGACUAACGUUCAGACCAAUGAAGAAGUUGCAAUUAAGCUUGAAAGUAUCAAAACCAAGCAUCCUCAGCUGUUGUAUGAAUCAAAGCUGUACAAAAUACUACAAGGAGGAACUGGGAUCCCAAAUUUGAAAUGGUUUGGUGUUGAGGGAGAAUACAACGUCCUUGUUAUAGAUUUGCUGGGUCCUAGCCUCGAGGACUUAUUCAAUUUCUGUAGUCGGAAAUUGUCCCUGAAAACUGUUCUCAUGCUUGCUGAUCAGAUGAUAAAUCGAGUUGAAUUUAUCCAUUCCAAAUCUUUUUUACAUAGGGACAUCAAGCCAGACAACUUCCUCAUGGGUUUAGGGAGGCGUGCAAAUCAAGUGUAUGCCAUUGACUUUGGUCUUGCUAAGAAAUACAGAGACAGCUCUACCCAUCAGCAUAUUCCAUAUAGAGAGAAUAAGAAUUUGACUGGAACUGCAAGAUAUGCUAGCAUGAAUACUCAUCUUGGAAUUGAGCAAAGCCGUAGGGACGACUUAGAGUCGCUUGGAUUUGUUCUUAUGUAUUUUUUGAGAGGAAGUCUUCCAUGGCAGGGAUUGAAAGCUGGUACUAAGAAGCAGAAGUAUGAUAAAAUUAGUGAGAAGAAAGUUUCUACUUCCAUUGAGUCUCUCUGCCGUGGCUAUCCCUCAGAAUUCGCUUCAUAUUUCCAUUACUGUCGGUCACUGCGAUUUGAUGAUAAACCAGAUUACGCUUAUUUGAAAAGGCUUUUCCGUGACCUUUUCAUUCGUGAAGGAUUCCAGUUUGAUUAUGUCUUUGAUUGGACCAUCUUGAAAUAUCAGCAAUCUCAAAUUGCCUCUCCUCCCGUUCGUCCUGUUGGUCUUCCCCCAGGGCCAAGUUCUGGCUUGCCACCAGCUGCUUUGAAUGCUGAUAGACACUCGGGUGGAGAAGAUGGUAGGCAUACUGGUUUGUCUUCAUCAGAUCCUACUCGUAGAAGGCACUCUGGACCUAUUGCAAAUGAUGGAAACUUAUCCAGACAAAAGGCCCCUGUUACAAAUGACACUACUAGAUCCAAAGAUGGGAUGUUGUCUAGUUCUAAUUUCUUUCGGUCAAGUGGAUCUACAAGAAGAGUGGCUUUCUCAGGCGGUCGUGAAGCGGCAGUUGGCAGUGGUACUGAACACUCCCGUUCUCAGACCCUGGAUGCAAAUCCAGGAGCACUCCGGAAAAUAUCUGGUGCCCAGAAGAAUGCACCUAUCAUCUCUUCUGAGCACACCCGGGCACCUUCUGGCAUAACCACAUCAAACAUAAGGAAUUUUGAGUCAACUCUUAGAGGACAUGAAAUACCGAAUGCAUAUUGUUUAUGGAAAGCUGCAACAUGUUUGGAGUCGUCACUAUAAGUAAGUAUACAACAAAGAUACUAGUUGGGUUCCCGGCAAAGGUUGCCCAUAAAGAAAGGCUUCUGUUAAUGCUGUUUGUAUUUUGUUUGUUUUACUUCACCUGUCCUUAACGUCCUUUCGUCUUUUCUAUUAUGUUGUCUAGCUCAAUGUCUCAUGCUUUUGCUUUUGUUUUUUAAAUUUUAUUGUGUUCAUAAAUUAUAAAUAUUAAAAAAAAUUUAUCAUUGUUAUCUCAAAUUUGGAUAUUUUAAAAUGUCUGGAAGAUGGAACCUAGAGGUAUCCUUCAGGAGAUUCAUCUACAAGAGUCCAAGGCUCCAAGCAGAGAAUGAGAGAACCCAUCUGGCUUUUUUUAAUAUAUGUGUAUUUUAUAUUUUAAUAUAUAUUUUAAUGUUUAUUUUACAUUAUUUAUUGAUUUUUAUUAUAAGUA